CAAUUUUCAAGCCAAGUUAUUAGUGUUACAAUCGAUCGACGUCGAUUUGGCUUGUUUUUGUGAUGAAUAUAUUUAGGUUUUUUGGAGAUGCGUCACAUUUUGUCGCUAUUAUAAUUCUACUUUUAAAAAUUUGGAAGACCAGAUCGUGUGCAGGAUUAUCAGGACGUAGUCAGAUUGCGUUCGCUCUUGUAUUCACCACUCGUUAUGUUGACCUUCUCACCACCUAUGUCUCAUUGUAUAAUUCUUUUGCUAAGAUAGUUUUUAUAGUUUCAUCCUACGCAACUUUGUACUUAAUCUAUUUCAAAUUUAAGCCUACAUAUGAUGGUAACCAUGAUACCUUUCGACUGGAGUUCCUACUUAUCCCAUGUGCUUUGUUAGCACUUAUUGUCAACCAUCGGUUUCAAUUCAUAGAGUUGUUGUGGACUUUCUCUAUAUAUUUAGAGUCCGUGGCUAUACUACCGCAACUGUUUCUCAUCAGCAAAACUGGCGAGGCUGAAACCAUCACGUCACACUACUUAUUUGCCCUUGGUUCAUAUCGUGGUUUGUAUAUCUUGAACUGGAUAUACCGGUAUUAUGUGCAGAGUCAUUAUGACCUGAUAGCAAUUGUCGCUGGUGUGCUGCAGACACUUUUGUACUGUGAUUUCUUUUACUUGUAUAUAACUCGAGUAAUCAAAGGGAAAGCCUUCGCUCUGCCUGCAUAACUAUUGCAUUAUUGCACGAGCUCCCUCAAGAGAAGUAUGCAACUGUAAUUUUUUAAAAAACUUUUCUCUGUAAAGAAUUGUUACAAACGCAAAAGUUCUAGACAUUUUUUAUCGUAUGAAGGUGAAGGACGACUAACGUCUGCAUUUGAAUGUGUCAACACCAAAGUAACUGGACAUGCAUCUCAUAACUCAAAAUCUUGUCUGCUUUUCUUAAUACUAAAACCAACUUUACCAUUUUCCAUUCAGUUGCUUACAAGCCCGCUGUUCUGCAUUUUAACUGCAACUCCUUGUUUUGUAUUGUUAAAUUGACUUAAUCCCAACACUCGUGUUUUACCAGCCCUCACGUAUGAUUACAGGAUACAUGUGUUACUGAGUUUUCUUCCUUUUUCAUCUUUACGUUGGUGUACGGCUAGAGAUUUAUCUUGAUCUGAUAAUUCUACAGUAAAAUUCCUAUUUUGUCACCUAAGAUUUCUCGCUACUUUUAUGGAGGUAAGACUGCUUGUCGCUUUAGGGAAUAAAACUGAAAGCAACAACACUGGAAGAUAUGUCACAGGCUUGUUCAGUGUAGUAGUAGUAGUAGUACUAAGCAGCAAUGAUUUUUUUAUAGGCAUCAACUUGUCUCCUUACUAUUGUAGAUAGUGAGUCAGUAUUUCAUUUUGUACCAACUAGUUCGAUUUUUCAAAAUGAAAAGAAAUUAUCCAUAAAUUUGUUGGUCUAUUACCCAACUAAAAACUCUAGAGUACUUCAUUUUUCCAGUAGUUUACGACCUCAAGGCUAACUUGUAUCCUUAGUGUAUAGUUCAAAGCAGUAUUUGUUUGAUUUUUGAUGUUUCUUCAAUCAUGUUUUCAAUUCUGUC